AUGCCGGCCCCGUACUCCGACAAUCUCUACUCGGGCGAUGACAACCCCUGGGAGGACGACCAGAACGAAGCGCUGUCGCCCGCUGACGGCUACUUCCACGCGUCGUCUGGUCUAGAAGAGGCCCAAACGUCAUCGCCCUCCCCUCCCGUUCGGCAGCAGCGCCAAUCAGCAAACGUGCCUUUUGUGCCCAACGUCAUGGUGGAGGAUCCGACUCUGAACGAGGAUCGAGCUGCUGCAAAGGCGAGAGAGGCUGCCCAGGAGAGGCUGAUAAAUACGUCGUCGUCAUCCCCCUCCUCCUCUGGCCACUACCACAGACGUAGCAUUGACGAGGAGAUCUCGUCCUUUCAGCCUACAAUUGCUGCCGGCCAGGCGCCCAGGCAGUAUACGGUUCGUCGGCCAUCUGACGCGCCUCCUGCGUACUCCCCGUCUGCUUCCUCGCCACAGUCAUCUGGUUAUCAGACCUUUGCCCCCCCGCAAGCCGGUGCCGAAACCAUGGGUGUGCCUGAGGAGAACCAGAGUUUGCUUCCGCGACAGCCUGAGUCUAUGGGCGGAGCUGUAAACGGAGCUCGAGAACCUCUAUUCCGAAGGAUUAGAAACUCCACCACCUCUACCACGAGAAAGAAGAUUCGGACUGUCCUUGGUGUCCUCGUCAUCCUUUCUAUUAUAGUUGCCCUAUUUGGCGGCACCAUCGGUGUUUCACCCGUAAAAGCCCCUCCGACCAACAACCCUCCCCCCAACAUGUCGUGGCCCCCUAGGAACAGCAGAAACUGCUUGGGUGAGCCGCACAAGUCUUCAAAGAUAAACGAAGUCAUCAGCUUUGGCCACGGCAAGAAGCUCAGCAUUGUUCAGACGGUUGAGAGGGAGAAUGGAAACCGCCCAGGAAACAUCCGCACACCAAAUGUAUAUGGCGAAGUCAUCCUGCAGCCUGUCGACACCACUUCCACUGGCACCAUUCAGCUUGAAAUCAUGACUAAUGAUGAGACCCUUCGCGUCGACGUUGAGUUUCGUAAGCGGGACCAGCAGUUUCAAGUCAUCGUUCCCCGCUGGACCGACUGGAGUGAGCCCAACUGGCAGCCGUGCAUCCUACUUCGAAUUACCGUGUCCAUCCCCCGUGAAGCAGAGCUCGAAUCGCUCCUUGUCGAUUCUCUUCAUCUGGAUGUCGCCGUCAGGGAUGGCCUUGUUCUUAGCUCUGCCACUGAUGCCCAGAUCAAAACUGUUGCCGGAGAUGUUACUACUGGUCGUGUGUCGGGGGAUGUGGCGCCGUACACUCUCGCCUCCCGAAGCAUUAUCGUCGAGACUGUUAGUGGUGAUGUUGCAGGCUGGUUUCCGCUAUAUGACCUCCUCAAGAUUCACACUGUUUCCGGCGAAAUCAAGACUGACAUCACCCCGAAGCCGUCGUCUGAUAAGAAACCUGAACAAGCUGUGCUCAACGUCGACUCCGUUUCUGGAAAUAUCAAAAUCACCGAACCCGUAGGCUACGAGCAUGACACCAAACGUGAGGAAAAGUUCCCGCCGCGAGAUUACGUCGUUACCGUGUCGUCUGCCUCUGGCGACAUUCAAGCUGACUUGGCUUUUACGUCAACGGCAAAAUUUGAGACGGUGUCUGGCGACCAAAAGAUCAAGUUGCUACCGGUCUUUGGAUCUGGCUCCUCAGCACAACCCUCCAUUUCGACCGACACAAAGAGUGGACAGACUACAUUCAACGUCUUCGAGCCGCUGUGGAAGCACUUUGCCGCUAGCAUUGGCCACUACGACCCAUUGGCACCACCUGUUGGCGGCGAGGAUGAUACGGAUAGCGAUGAGCCUUGGAUCAUCAUUCACCCUGACGAGCAGUUAAGCAAGCUUCCCCCACCACCAUACAUGGACAUUAAGCCGAGCAUGGCUGCCAAUGGUGGAGGUGAUGACGAACAGCACGGAUUAACCGACAUCAAGUCUCACCAUGCAUCCAUCAGUGGAGACUUUAAAAUCCACUAUCCCGCUUCGUGGGAGGGAAAGUUUUCCCUGACUACUUUCUCGGGCUCGCAGGAUAUUCGAGGCGACGACCUCCACUAUAAGCGGACGGGAGGUAUCAUCAAGCGUAUCGAGGGAACCAAGGGUAAUGGAAGGUCGAGCCUAACUGUCGAUUCCAUGUCUGGCCGUGAGGAGUUGGUGUUUGGAGCUGCUUAA